AUGAAUGGACUUAUUCAUUCUCGACUAUUUUUUACCCCUUUUAAUAAUCUUCUUCCUCUUCCCAGUUCUAACACAAAACCCAAAAUUCAACAGAAUCAACAAAGAAUUAUAGAGUCUAAAGCGAAUACUAUUAUUGAAAAGUUGAAAAAGGAAUAUAGCACUAUGAGAAUUGGUCGGGCAAACCCAGCUAUUCUUGAUUCAGUUGUUGUUCCUUAUGGAGGUGGAAGUGCACCUUUAAAGGAUCUUGCACAAAUAGUUGUCAAAGAUCCGCAAACGUUAUUAGUUCGAGUGCAUGAAGAAGAAAUACUUCAAGCAGUAGAUAAAGCAAUAAGAAGUGCAAAUCUUAAUCUAAAUCCUAUGAUUGAUAACAAAGGUCUUAAAGUACCAAUUCCAAAAAUUACUACUGAAUACCGCGAAAAUAUGGUAAAAACAGCUUCCAAAAUGGCAGAAAAUGCAAAGAUCAAGAUACGUUUAGUGAGACAAGAUGGAUUAAAGGAAUUGAAAAAAAUCAAAACUGGAAUAUCAGCGGAUGAAAUCAAAGGAUUAGAAAAGAAGUUUCAAUUAGUAAUAGAUAAAUCUGUGAAAGAUAUAGAUGAAAUUCUAAAAGCCAAAUCUAAAGAAAUAACAACAAAUUAA